AUGCCCGACAACGACAACCCUCUGGCUGGCCUCCCGCCGGCCAACAACGACAUCAUCGACGACGGCGACGAUGAUGACCUCGAUUUGACCAAGAUCACAGUGCCUACCAUCAUUCCACUUAAGGGUGACCACAACCUGGAGGAGUGGAAGCUGGAAGUUCGUGUCGCAUUUCGCCUUCUCAACAUCACCAAGUUCCUCGAUGGUACGGCUGUUGAGCCUCCCGCGAAUGCGUCGUCCAAGAAGAAGAACAAGUUCCGCGUCCAACAGACUGUUGCAUACGCGGCUCUUUCGAAGUCAGUCGCCCCGGUCAGGGACAUAAUCAAGAGCAACGGCUACGUGUAUGCCGAGGACGACUUCGACCCAUACAAGCUUUACCUUGCGACCUGCAAAGCCUUGACAGGCAUGUCCGACGAAGGUUGGUGUGGUAUGGUGUGGGAACUCUCCCAGAUCAACGCCAGCAACUACGACACCUUGCGCGCUUUCGUCUCGCGUUUCCAUUACCUGAUUGCGAAGCUCAAGGACGUGGGCAUCAACCUUCCAGACAGGUUCCUACAGGCGCAACUCCUUUUGGGUUUGAAGACAUACGAUGCCAACUGGGUCGACAUGCUUCGCUUCCAACUGCAGACUGGACAGUUGGAUUACGAGAAACUGCUCAACCUCGUCACGACUAAGGCUAACGAACAGACCAUGUUCAACAUGUCGGCCACGUCGAAUCAAACCGCCAAGAAGGGCAACAAUCAGCAAGCCGGACAGCAAAAGUCUCGGCCUCAGUCACAACAACAAGCUGGCGCUCAGUCAGGGUCACUCUGCGGCGACCCCAGGUGCGGUAAAUACCAUCCAAGCACCCCGAGACACCCGUACCACGACAUCUGCAAACUACACCAUCCUGGCGGCAAUGAUGAGUGCUGGGUUGUGCACCCAGAGAAAAAGAAGGAAUACCAUGCGCGUAAGAAGAAAAACGACGCGUCAAGCAACACUUGCAACACCAACAGCAGCGGUACGCCUGAUGGUGGGAACAACAACAACGCCAACCGUGGCAUAUUCAACUUUGACUCAGGCGUCAUGAACGGCGUCAACAACAAUAGGGCCAAUGCCUUGAUCAACACCGUCCAUCUGAUGACAGCGAUUGAUGUCUACAACCUUGACAUUGCUGACGACGGUGCUGAGCCCUCUGAGGCUGCAGACAAAGUCGUCGCCUCUGCAGUAGUUGGAUCCAUCUCUGCAGACUCAAAGAUCACUCGGGACACUGUUUGCCUAGAUUCGGGCGCUUCAAACAGCGUAUUCAACGAAUCCAAGUGGUUUGACGACCUGUCUGAGCUUGAUCAACCUGUUAAAGUCGCCUCUGCAAAUGGCGGCACCUCGAAUCACGCCCUGGGAGGUGUGGUUUCUCUCUCAUGCGAGCGGUCGUGCGGUGGCCUUACCAACUUGACCAUCCGCAACGCCAUUUACUCCAAGGAUACGCCUCUCAAUCUCGUGUCAACCGGGCAACUGCGUCGCCGUGGGGCGGUGUUUGACGGUCUGACUGACCGUCUUAUCCUCAAGGACAACCCUGCUCAGGAAGUCGCACAGCUCGGUUGGGUUGGAGACAUCUCGGUCUUCAAACUAAAUUCUAUUCCGGUCCAGAGUACUGAAGUCGUCCUGGUUGCCAUUCAGCAUCUGGCUCUCCCCGCCAUUGACUACGAAGUCAUGCAUCGUCGUUUGAUGCACGCGUCAAUGGACAAAGUUAUCAAAGCCUGCAGGCAAGCAGGUAUCAAGAUUAACACCCGCGAUGCAGGUAGCCAUCGUUGCAAGUGGUGUUAUCUUGGCAAGUCGCAGCAAUUGAUAUCCCACGACAAACUGCCCGCAGUGUCGCGCGCGUUGCAGCGCAUCCACGUCGACUCCAUUCCACACAAGCCUACUGGCAUUGGCGGGAAGAAUCACGCCAUCCACAUCGUUGACCAGUACUCUGCUUACCAUUGGUAUGUCGCCAUUGGAAGCAAGUCGGAUGGCUUCACGGCGCUUACCAACUAUAUCGUCUUUGUGGAGGUACAAUCAGGGACCUUAGUCCAAGAGAUCCAUGUCGACAAUGGCACCGAGUUCAGCAUGGAUAAGCUGAGGGACUGGUGUCUUGCUCGUGGCAAGAAGUUGACACCCAUAUCGCCAAACUGUCCGCAACAGAACCCAAUGGCAGAACGCGCAGGCCGUACCAUUGUUGAGGGCGCCCGCACUGCGAAUCUGGAGGCGGGAUUUCCUGAAGAAUACUGGCCGUUGGCGGAGGAGGCGUUUGUUCAUGUUUUGAACCGCCUGCCAACCUCCCACAAUACAGACGACAAGUCACCUAUGCAAACACUGGGUGAGUCGCUUGGUCUCGCGCGGGAUCAGUGCAUUCCACGCAUCCACCACCUCAGGGCGUAUGGUGCGAUCACCUUCGUCCACAUCCACGAUAAGAAGGUUAGACCACAGGGCCGCAAGAUGCUGGCAAAGGCCAUUGAGGGGAAGCUCUGUGGCUACGAAGGCAAUUCGGGCAAGGUCUACCGCAUCCGACUGAAUGCAGUGGGCGUAUUCAAGGGCAAAGAGGCCGCUGAAAAACUGCUUGCAGGGCUUUUCGUGGAUCUUGAUCAGUUUGAGCUUGAGGCGCCAGAGAUGAUCAUGUCAGUGAUUGACAAUAAGGACCUCUUCGCACCUACCCACGCCAAGAUCCCCAAGACUUACAAGGAAGCGUCAAAGCGAACUGACUUUUAUACGCACUGGCAACCUGCUUGCCAGGAACAAUACGACAAAUUGAUCGCGUCUGGCACCUGGAAGCUGGUUGACAGGCCUCCUGGCGCCAAUGUUCUCCCUGGCAAGUGGGUAUUCGACCAGAAGUUUGACGACCAAAGCAACUGGGUGCGGAAUCGCGCCCGCUGGGUUGUCUGUGGUAACUUCGAGAAUGGCGACUACCAGCCGUACGAGGUCUACUCAGCUGUUGUACAUGCAUCAACAGUCCGUAUCUUCUUCAACCUUGUGGCUGCACUGGACCUCGAGUGCCACCAGUUUGACGUCGUGAGCGCGUUUCUGAACGCCAUUGUUCCUGACGACGUGGAUGUCUACGUCCGGCAACCCACAGGGUUCGAGGAUGGCACUGAUAAAGUGUGCCGCCUCGUAAAGGCCCUCUAUGGCCUUCAACGUUCGUCAUUGUGGUGGUACCAGACCCUCGUUCCGGAGCUCAAGAAACUGGACUUUGAGCCGUUGACAACAGACGGCUGCAUGUUCAAACAUACCGGAAAUGGCGCCCUGCUUCUGAUCUACGUCGACGACUUCCUUCUUGCGGCGCCGACUGUCGAGAGUAUCAAUAAGGUCGCCGACGUGUUGGGUUCCAUCUUCGAGCUGAAGUGCCUGGGCGAGGCCCGCACUUUCCUUGGUUAUACGGUGUUCCGCGAUCGCGACAACCGUGUUAUCUACGUCAAUCAGGCGACUUACGUCACGAAGAUCCUGGAGCGAUUCGGCAAGACGAACCUCCACGCAGUAAAGACUCCCUGGAUCACGGGCGGCUUCAAUCUUCCGAAGACCUACGAUGUGGUUGAAUCAGCCACGAAGGGGUAUCAAUCAGAAGUCGGCGCCAUCAAUUACCUGGCAAACGGUACUCGUAGCGACAUAUCCUACACUACCAUGCGACUGGGCGAGGCAAAUUCGGGGCCCUCGAGCGCCCAUCUUCAACUUCUUCAGCACUUGUGGCGAUACAUCUCGGGCACGCGCGACCUUGGAAUUCGCUGUGGUGGAGGUAUCACGCCCUCAAACCUACAACUGCGGGCUUAUGGCGAUGCCAGCUUCGCGACCGACCUGUUGACACGCGUGUCGGUUGGGGGUCACGUUGUCAUGAUCGGCAACUGCCCUGUGGUCUGGAAGGCCAAGAAACAAACACUCGUCACUCUGUCGAGCACUGAGGCAGAGUUCAUCAAUUUGACGCCUACGGCGCUGUCGCUACUGUGGGUAGCCAAUGUAUUGAAGGACGCUGGGUAUCAACAGAAUGCGCCUCUGUUGUUCUUUACCGACUCAGCCAACGCCAGGGCGAUUGCCCUGAACCCUCUUAACACCGCCAGAACUUAUCACAUUGACCUGCGGUACAAAUGGAUAAUCCAACGCAUGGCCAUGGGCCAAUUCCAACUGGACCACGUCGGCACUGAUGAUAUGGUAGCUGACGGCCUUACAAAGGGCCUGAGUGGUGCGAAACACGCUCAGUUCGUCAAACAGUUGGGUCUCUGCGUUCCCCCUCUCCGUGAAGGGAAGAUCCGGGCCGAUUGA